AUGAUCUCCACCACUGUCCCUAAAGCCAUGCACAAUUCCCUCUGGGACACCAGAGACAUCUCCUUCUCAGGAUGUGCUGCUCAGGUUUUCUUCUUUGCAUUUUUCAUGUCAGCAGAGCUUUCCCUCCUGACCGUCAUGUGCUACGACUGCUACAUGUCCAUCUGCAAAUCCCUGUACUAUGGGACCCUCCUGGGCAGCAGAUCAGUUCUGUACUCAGUGGUGCCUCCGGUACUUAACCCCCUCAUCUACAGCCUGAGGAACCAGGAGCUCAAGGAUGCCUUGGGAAAACUGGGGCAGUGCCUGUGA